CGCCGGCUCAGAGCCCGCCGAGAAGCCGGAGAGUCGGUCGCGCCUGUCGCCGCAGCCGCCCCAGCCAGCCAGCCAGCCUCGCUCGCCCCCGACGCCUCCGCGGACCAGCGGGCCCCUGAGCGCGUGCAGAGCGCGCUUUCUCCAGCCUGCGCACCUUUCCGGCAACCAUGGACUCCUCCCGUGAGUCUCUCUACUCCUCCAUGAGCGUUUCGUCCCGCGAGUCUCUCUACUCCAUCGACAGCGCCACCAGUGAAGAAGAGGAUGAUGAACACUGUGCCAGCUUUGAAGUCUUCCUUUCGGACAGUGGCAGCGACCCAGAGAAGGAGGGGGGUCCCUUGAAGAGCCGACGGGACGCUUACCCAGAUGGGCCGAGCUUUCUGGGCUCCCUGAAAUCCAGGCAGACUAAUCCAGGCUUCCUUUGCCAGGGCCACGAACGCUGCACACAGAAAUCGCUUGGCUUGUUGGCUUCGGCCCGGCUGCGGCCUUCUGGGCGCUGUUGCCGUUACCCUGCAGUGCUGGGCAAGCCCUGCUGUACCCAUUUGAGGGAUGCAGAUGGCAGGCUGCCCAGGAAGGCAGCGAGCCAGAGCAGAAUGGAGAGCAAUGGACGCAAGCGGCCCGGUGGUGCCGUGGGAGGAAGCCAGUCCCCAGAACACAUGGUGCAGCCCUCCCUGGCUGGGUUCAAAAGACACCGGAGCAAGGCAUUGGAGGCCAGAGAAGAUCCGUGCCCUUUUGGGUGGACCGAAGGAGACCAGCUGUUUGCACAAAAGUGUCGGGAGCUGCGGGGCUUCAUCCUUCCGCUCCAGGAGCUUCUAAUCAGGCUGAAGAUGGGCCGCUUCGACAGAGGGCUAAGCACCUUCCAACAGAGCGUGGCCAUGGAUCGAAUCCAGCGGAUCAUCGGCGUCCUUCAGAAGCCAGGGAUGGGGGAGCGCUACCUGGGCACCUUGCUGCAGGUAGAAAGGAUGCUUAAAGUUUGGUUCCCUCAUGUUGCCUUGAAGAGCUCAUGCGCUGAUGGCGACAUAGCGUCAGAGAACACGUCUGAAAUGGCAAAGAAAUCUUUGUCAGCGGAUUCUGCUGUGCCCAGGAGGGCAGCUUCCAGCCAUGACUCUGCGGAGAGCCCCCCCACGGAAAAGCUUCACCAGACGCAUCUCACGGACGCCUCGCCAGACUCUGAGAGCAAAGCUGGGGCUUUGUGGGGAGAGCCGACUCCCUUCCUGGCCGACUGGCCCACCAUGAACUUAACUUGGAUUCACACUUCGCCUAUUUCUAACCCCCCCUUGGGCCACGUGAACUCUGCCUUUGGGCAGGCCCUGCUGGGCCCAGCCCCCCAGAGCACCUACGGCAUUGUCCUCUUCCUCCACAACAGCCCCGCCCCCUUCGUGCCCUCGGACCGCUCCACUUCGGUGACCCCUGCUCUUCCCCCCCAAGCUUGUUUCCAUUCUAGCAGGCUUCUUCCGAGCACCGGAGAGCUUCCGCGUUGCCAGAGCCUUCCAGGCACCACGCAAGGGGACAGCAGCCUUCCGAGUGGGUCCCUUGCCUGCCAUUCAAGGUCUCUGCCACGCUUGCCAACGUCUGGGGAGAAACUGUCAGUGGCCAGUGAGGGGCUGCCAUAUUACAGCAACUCUUGAGGCUCCAUUUUCCAAACGCAAAUGUCUCCACCACCCUUACUACUUUUUUUUUAUAGAAGCUCCUGCUCUGGUUUUUCUUUUUUUAAAUUUAAAAACAUUUAAUGUGUGUAUGAUGAGGGGAAUUGCUUUGCCAUCCAGGGUAAAGGGUCAGUUUUAAUAAAAAGGCAUUGUUGUGACUGCAAGAAACUCUUGUGUGGCAUCGUUUGUCUGUGUUGUUUCCUGGAUUUGGU